UUAGCAGGCCAGGAAAAUCCCAGCCCUUGCACAGUCAGCCUCAUAUACCUCUCUCUUCACCCACCCUGACACACUCGGCUUCCCUGACCCACCUUGGACAGUCCCCAUCACAUACUCCCUGGCACAGUUGUGUCCCCCUCAGCUCCCGCCACCCCCCCCCCAGCCAUACUGCCAGCCUUUCCCAGAGCUGUAGCCUUGCCCCGUCACUCACCCCAAGCCCAGCAUGUCCCUGGGGCCACUGAAAUUCCAGGCAGUAGGUGAAGAAACUGAAGAGGACGAGGAGGAAGAGAGCCUGGACUCUGUCAAGGCUCUGACGGCCAAGCUGCGGCUGCAGACGCGGCGGCCCUCAUACCUGGAGUGGGCGGCCCGGGUCCAGAGCCAGGCGUGGCGCAGGGCCCAAACCAGACCUGGGCUGGGGGGUCCUGGUGCCCUCUGCGGCUUCGACUCAAUGGAUUCUGCCCUUGAGUGGCUCCGGCGGGAGCUGGAAGGGAAGACUGACGCGAGCCGCUGUGGACCGGUACAGCGGUCUCACGCCCCCUCUCGGCCGCAGCGGGAGAUGCGGGCUCAGGACCAGCAGCUGGCGGGGCAGCUGCUUAGGCUGCGGGCCCAGCUGCACCGGCUGAAGGUGGACCAAGCCUGUCACCUGCACCGAGAGCUGCUGGACGAGGCGGAGCUGGAGCUGGAGCUGGAGCCGGGGGCCGGCCUCGCCUUGGCCCCGCCGCUGCGGCACCUCGGCCUCACGCGCAUGAACAUCAGUGCCCGGCGCUUCACCCUCUGCUGAGGGGCACCUGCGGGCCUCCUGAGACCUCAAAGGCCCUAGCACCUGGCAAGGGGUGGUGGGAGGGUUGAGGGGCUGUCACUCUUUUGGGAGCAUAAAACCCCAGCAUCCUGUCACCCCUGCUGCCCUAUCUUGGGGAGGGGUGUUUGGAGGAAGGGGAGAAGCUCAUGCACCCCCAGGCUCUUCAAUAAAGGCCCUCUGUGCUUCCCA